AUGUGUGAGCGGGAGCGGUUGAAUGAGGUGCCGCGUGUGUAUCGGGAGUUGUUUCAAAGGACGAGGGAGUUUGCAGAUGGGGUUGGGAAGUUGGUUGGGGCUCUUGGGCGUGGUGGGUGUUGUGAGGAUGGCCAUGGCAGUUUCGACGUUAUCAAUACUGGCAAGAUACCACCAACGACCACCAAAAUCUCAACCUGGGCAGAAGCAGCAUGUCUCUUGGUUCAAUGGAGUCGAGGCAUCCUCCGUCAUCCCAGCCUUGGCUUUGAAAAACUCCUCCUCAGUCAACGAGAGAGCAUACACUGGAUCCUUGACGACGCCCUUCUCCGUAUCUGCCUCGACCACUGGGACACCGUCACCCCAUCCCACCUCCCCUGGGACCUGGCCACCGCCCCGCUGCAAGACUGCCUCAUGCAGGCUUGCAAGCUGAUUCCCGAGUGGGCGGCCCGCGACGCAGACGAGUACCGCAAGUGGGAUGUACGCGUCGUGUAUUCGGUUCGCGAGGCGCUGGAGCAGAGUUACUUUGGCCGUUCGAGGCGGUUCCUAGCCCAGAGUCGCAGACUGCAUGAGCUGUGGCGGACGGUGGGGUUGUGGGGUGGUGGGAGACUGCCGGUGGAGCUGGCAGAGGUGAUUGUGGGGAUUGUGUGUGCUGCUGAGGGAUUGCCCGAGGGGAAUUUGCGAAAGGUGUUUUUACCGGCGAAAGAGAACAAGGUAGAGAGGAAUGGAAAUGGCAAUGGCAAUGCUUUUGGCUAUCUGAGGGCUACGGCUAACACCUUCCUUGCCACCAACCAGCACCCUCACCGGCUCAAACAUACUAUCCGUCAAAGUCCCCUCGGCAACCCUCUCCAUGUCCUCGCGCUUCUCGACCCCAACUUCCCUCAACGUACGCGGAAGCUCCAAAUACUUGACAAACCUGUCCACCGCGCCCGCAAGCGACGCCUCCUCCCACUUCAAGAUCUUGUUCCAUAUGCUCAACGUGCGCUGCUGGGCUUGCUUCUGGGCCUCGGAUUUCGAGUACGUGUGGCGAAGGACGGGGGCGAGCAGGAUGCACGAGGUGACGCCGUGCAUGACACCACACACACUGCCGAGUUGAUGACCGAUGGCGUGGGAGGCACCCAUGGGAACCUGCCACAUCAAGAGACCCAUCAUGGCGUUGCGGCUGCCGUGCUGGCAGUUGCUGAUGCCGCUGAUCAGAUCCUCGUGCUUGCCUUGAGUCUCGCCGUCCUUGUAGUCCUUGAGGCCCUGGAGCAGAAUCGCAAGCGAAUCUUCCAUAUGGAUAAAGACAUCCUCGCUGCACGCUUCAUUCACCAUGGUCUCGACACAGUGAUCCACCGCACGCAUUCCCGACGCCAGCCACAGCAUCCUAGGCGCCGUCGACGCCACCUCUGGAUCCAGCAGGAUGAGGUCCGGCGCCGCCUUGACACUCGCAAAAUGCUGCUUCUUAUGCGUCUCCGGAUUCACAGCCGACGCAUUAUUAUUCCACUCGCUCGCCGACAGACUCGUAGGCACCACAAUCAACUUCACCGCCGGCUCUGCCAGCCCACGCGCCAACCCCGUCUCCGGCUCCACAAGCCCUUCCAUCGCAUCCAGCGUAAGCUGCCCCGGCGCGAGAUUCGUCUGCAUCAGCCGCGCCACCUUGCACGCAUCCGAAUAACUGCUGCUCCCGAUGCUAACCAGACAAUCCGCCUGCUUGUCGUUGAGCAGCCGCGUAAUCUCGAGGACGUCGUUGUAGGGCGAGUGUGCGCCAACACCGGAUUUGACGGCUACAAUGAACAUGCCCAGUUUCUCCUUUAG